CCAGGCGCGCGAAGAUAAAGUAAGUUACAUUCAUUCAACCCUUAACCCAUAUACCCACUAAACCCCAACUAACCCCCCAAAUUAACCAACUACCAACCUGUAACGCUUUCCACCAGCCCCAUCUGUAAUGUACCAGUCCACCACAGGAUUCCAUGCUAUAGGGUCAAAGUAUUUAGAUGUGUUUAACACUGAAUGCACAUCCAGAUCAUGAUACACCAAGUAAGUUAGUCUCAAAAUGUGUUCAAUAAAUAAAAUUUCCAAUGCUGAGCAAGUAUAUUCUAUCUGCUUUGAACUGUGUAGAACAAAACAAAAGUCUUUGCUGCAAAAACUUAACAAACUUUUGAUCAAUCUACCAGCUGACAUCUUACAGCCUUUACAUGAAGUUAUUUUGUUACCACUUCGACAAAUCUUGGUAAAAACAAAACCUGACAGAGAAGAGGUUGUUACUACAGCUGAAUGCUUGCAAUUUGUAUUUCAAAACACACAUUCAGUUAGUUGGGAAGCAAAAGCAGAUAUCUUAAAACACUUGUUGAUAAAUGUCACUGAUAUGAAAACAUCACAGAUUGCGGUAAAAGAUGAUGAAGAAAUCGUGGAUUCGGUCUUUACGACAUUAAUUUGCUUGUUAAAUUCAUGUCAGGAUUUCUGGAAAUCAUUUUAUUCAUGUACGCAGCUUCCUAUUCUUGGACAUCUUGUAUCUUUAUGCUUGUCAGUUUUAAACACCUCAACAUGUAAACCAAAUAAACAUAAAGCAAUUGAUUUGAUAAUGGCUUUAUCUGUCCCAUCUUAUUACAAGCAACUUGACUUGAAUGAAAACUCUGAUUUUUCUGUAGCAGUAGGUAAUUGUAUGGCUUGUUUUAUGCCUGGAGUUACAUCUACUGUCGCAAAAAUCAUUCAUACAAACCUUGGACGAAAAUUGCGCUGCUCUUGCCUCAACUUGGUUGCAGUUUUGUUGACAACUACUCUUGGCAAUGAAGAAAUGAAAAUGGCCGCUCAGGCAAAUUCGAAAACCAAACCACUAGACGUUGAUCAACGUAUUUUGUCUCUCUUAAAAACUCGGGAUCAAACUUGGAUUGAUAGCAUGUUAGAAAACCUAAAUUUAGCUUUAGCCAAGAUACUCCUUGUCAAAGAUGCUGAUAAUGAAGCAGCAAGACUCUGCAUGUUGGGUGUGUGUCGUACUUUGUUAUUCAAGUGCAGCUUGUCACUCAAGCCAUUGUAUGGAACUAUUAUGAACCCAGUUUUGAAAUUGCUAAAUGAUUCAUCGGAUAAACUGUCAAAAUCAAGCACAAUGUUACUGGAAGACUUGGUUGCAAGUUUCAAUAACUCUUCUUCUAAGGCUGAAUUUAUGGAUGGUGUAAAAAAUAAUUUGUUUACUUUAUGCACAGAACUGCCACAUAAAAUGAGAAAAUAUUCUGAAAAUGAAAAAGUCUCAGCACUAACACUACUCCAAGGUUAUCUAACUGUUCUAAAGGACAAUUUAAGCUGCCUGUUAAACUCUUCAGUUCAUCUUGAUUGUUUAAUUGAUUCAAUAUUGUUGUGUUACGAUCAGGAUACAUUAGAACUUUGUAUGUUUCCUGAAGUAGCUUUGAGAAAAAUAUCAAGCACUGAAUUUACCUCGCCCAUGUCUAGACUUGAAUUACUGGCAUCAGUGAAUAAUUUCCAACACAGCUCAACUGUUACAGUUCUUGUUCGUAUUUGCCGACUUUUGGGCAAACAUGGUGACAUUGAACUGCUUGUUGGAAUCUUAUCCGAGGCAUAUAGCAUAGAAUCAAAGCGCUUAGCCACGGUUGCUAUGAUAAAAGAAAUCCUACUUGGCACUCCUGUUGAUAAUCAAGCUAUAGAAUCAGUUGUAGAUGAACUCUUAGACUUAUACACCGAAGAAUAUAGUUUCAACACUACAAAUCCCGCCCAAACUGUAGAUGUCGAUCUCUGUGUACCUGAAACAUCCAACUAUUCGAUUACAUUCCCAUUACAAGCCAAAUCGCAUCCAAAACGUAUCAAACCACUUGCAAGCAGCAGUAUGAUGAUGUGUCUGCAAUUAGAGUCUUUCGCUGUCUUUUCUAUGUUGCUGGAAACUAAAUUUUGCAGUCGUCUUGUCAAAGUUUUGUAUCCACUUUUAGAAAAAGUGAGUCACACAACAGAUAAAGUGGCAGAGUGUGCUGUUCUCUCUCUUGCAGUAAUAAGUCGCAGUUGUGGUUAUGCUUCAACUGCAGAUUUAAUUAAAUUCAAUGCAGAUUAUCUUGCAAGUACAUUGUCAUUACAUCUUCAACACUUGACCUUAUUUCCGAGAUGCCCAGAUGUCCUUCAAGCAAUACUCAAGUAUGAUGACAAAAACCUCUUUCCCCUCAUUCGUGACACUAUACAAGAAAUUCUCUCCAAGUUUGACAGUAGUAACACAGAUUUAAACACACUUCAAUCGUUCGUGUCUUUAUUUGUUUGUGUUUUGAUGUCAAUACAGAAGUGGUUUGAUCGAACUCAUACACCAGAUCCACCUGUUAAGUCUGUAAAAGAUGACACAGAAGACAUACUUGAAUUUCUACGGGAGCAUAGAACAAAGAAACUUGAAACUGAAGAAAAUCAAUCUCAACCAGAAGAAGAAACGAAUGCAGAUCCAGAGGAAGUCCAAGAUACAGAGGAAGAAACUGAUCCGUCUUUGGAAAAACCUCCAGAAGAUGUCACGGUUGUGUUAGAAAUUUUACGCCGCUGCAGAAAUUUAACGGCGCAUAAAAGUAGAAUGGUUCGUAUUAUGGUAUUGGUUGCAGUUGCUGACGGUAUUGUAGCUUUAAGUGGUCAAGAUACAUGGCUGCUACCAAUGGUUCAUCAACUGUGGCCUUCUAUUGUGUCUAGGUUUGAAGAUCAAGAAAUGCAGGUUGUUCAAAAAGCAUUUGAAGUAAUCUGUGUUAUUUCCUCAACGUGCGGUGAUUUUAUUCGCAAAAGAUUAGGAAAGGAAAUACUUCCAAAACUGAUGAGCUUCCUUAAACAGCAACAAUCUAAUAAUCGUAAACUGACCAACUACAGUCACAGCUCGGUUGCAUUCACACAUACAGCUCUUUAUAAACUGCAGUUAAAUGUACUUCAAAAUCUCGGACCUUUGUUGGUACACUCCUCUUUGGGUGGAAUGGACAUUACGACCAUUUGUGCAUCUUGUUACGGAUUUUUAAGCAUCACCCAGCCCCCUAAACUGCAGGAAUCUGCCGUCAUAUUGUUUCGUAACCUUAUAACUGUAAACGGUGAUGCAGUUUGGUUAUUUUUAAGUGAUAUUUUUUCUGUGAAGCAGGUGUAUGAUCCACCUGAUUCAAAAUUCAAAUUUCAAAAAAUUACUGUUUCAGGAACGCCGGAUAAUGAGUUUGCAAAGAAUAUCGGUGUCCUACUGCCAGAUUGUACUUACCUUGAUUGGUUUGUUAAAUGACACAAACUAAAAUUCGUUUAUUUUCGUUACUAUACAUUUAAAAUACCCAAUACUUUAACCGGGAAAAAAAUGAAUACAACAUACGAAUCGGUAAUUACACAUACUCUUUAUCAAUCAGUUUAAA